UCGCCCCUGAAUCUCGCGUUCAGUGUUUGUGGAUGCGCUUAGAUCUGCCUGUCAUACAACGAAGCAACUCAGCUUAUCUAUAAUCUCAACCAAUAUCGCCUCUAAUAUAUUUUCUCGGCGGGCGUACUUUACGUUGAGGCCAACGCCUAGAAUCUCGUAAGCCGUUCAGUACCUUGAUAACUCUGCAAAAUACAUGAUGUGGUGUAUAGUAGUAUUACUGCUCAUGUUCUCUGUCUCAAUAGAGUCGGCGGAGGUUUUCUCCGAUGACCAGGCGAAUAAGGUGGGAAUGUUUGUAGAAGAGGUCAUGCGGUGUAGACAGGUCCCCGGGCUGACCCUGGCUGUUGUGAAGGGGGGUGAGACGUGGACACGGGGGUUCGGACAGGCGGACAUAGAACAGGGAGUGAACGUCUUUCUGGUCGCUACAAACGUCACUAAGGAUACUUUGUUUGGAAUUGGAUCUGUGACCAAGGCUUUCACGAGUACCCUCCUGGCCAUGAUGUUGGAUGAAAGUAAUGGAAGUUUAACGUGGACGUCAAAGGUCAAGGACGUGUUGGGUCCAGACUUUGCAUUUGUGGACGAGGAGAGAACAAGGGAGACUACUCUGAGGGAUCUUUUGACUCACCGCACAGGGUUACAGCCUGCGAUCUUGUCCCUGUUUGCUGGACUGGACCAGAACUUAACGAGAACUGAUUUUGCCAAACGUUUCCGCUUUCUUCCGGAAGUUAAGCCAUCCCGUGACGUCUUCGAGUACAACAACUGGGGGUACGCUCUGCUCGGCCAUGUUGUGGAAGUGUUGUCAGGGGAAUCCUACGAAGCCACUCUGGAGAAACGAAUCUUCAAGCCACUGGGGAUGAACCAGUCACGUGUUCUGGGAAAGACGAUAACCGUUAAUGAACCAGCUUUGGCAAAACCCUACUUUGACAUGGAGAACGAGCUCAUAUUAACCGAUCCCUCCAUUUACGACAUACAUCCAGGAGAGGCCGCAGGUGCUAUUGCGUCAUCAGCAGAGGACAUGGCUAAAUGGAUGCACUUCCUGUUGAGGCAAGGGGUGACAGCGGACAACGUCACACUGGUCAAAUCUAAAACACUCGCGGAGGUCUUUAAAUCUCACGAGAGUAUUCCUAUCAGUCAAUCCUCGUCAAAGCCAAAGUUGCCCGUCGUGGACUUGCAGUAUGGCUAUGGCUAUGCAUGGGUCAUGUCGAAUUAUAAGGGAUAUAAACAGGUGAUGCACACAGGCGGCUUGGUUUCUUACAUAACCUGGCUAGGCCUUUACCCCGACAUGGAGUUCGGAAUCUUUGUAAGUGCCAAUGGACCUGGGACAACGGAUGAGGAAAUUGCAGAAACAGUUAUCUCAUUCUAUAUUUCUGAUAUUUUGAUCGGUGAUCAACCUUGGCUAAAUUCAUCCACGGCUUGCACAUUCCCUUUGCCAUGGUCAAAUGUGCCGCCAAAUGGUCAAAAUAAUUCCGACGUCACGAACGCUGAAGUGGAAUGCCUUGAUUGUUAUGUUGGCAAGUACGGGCAUUAUCUGUUUGGUGACCUUGAAGUUAAGAGUGGGUCAGGGUCGUCAUUAGAACUUCACUACAAUAGGUUACAGGGUUCUCUCAAUACCACAGCUGAUAAAAGUAUGUUCAAAUUGGAUGCAUGGGGUGCCUAUAGGUUGUAUUCUCGGCCAGGUAAUGCUACGGUUCUUGUACCAGUAAACUUCCAUGGGAUGAACAAAGGAAAGUAUUCACAAUGUGACCUCAUUUUCCCCCACAAGUUGACAUUUAAAAGAGGUAUCAGCUUUUAUGAUAAAAACAUAUACACAAGUACCAAAACUGAAACAAAUGGGCAGACUGUGAAGGAGUUUAGCAAUCUUCUGAUGGUGUUCGCAGCACUUUGUGUAGUCUUGUUUAUGUGGUAGGGACUGUAUAAUCUUAAGAGUUUGACCUGGAGCAUCUUAUGACAACAGGAUAUGUCGCUAAAAAUAUUGGUAACGUUUGCUUUGUAUAAAGUAAAUGAAGAUUUGUUUUCUAAUAUGUUACAUUUUUUAGGAGGGGGGUCGGUGUCAAUAAUUGGAUUC